AUGUCUCUUGCUGCCCCUGGAUGGACAGCCCUCACAUUGUUUCAUCAAUGUUGGGGGCCAUUCCCACCUCAUCUGAGCACAGUUUGCACCCCUCCUCAUUCCCCCAUCUACCCACUUGGGGUUCAUUCCCAGGCAGGUCCCCUGCUUCAUUGGUGGCAGACCCAGAUGUCUUUACCACCCAUCCAUGGUGUUGACAUCUGUCUUGUGAUGAGACUCGUGAGAUCAGCAACCCCCUUGCGGGAUCUGUCAUAUGAUUGCAAUACUACAGAUUCUGGCAGGUUUUGCUGUAAGCUCCCAGUUGUACCAAAUUGGUCAGGAUCUGUUGUAGAUCUGUUUCUACUACAGAUCUCGGUGGACUCUGCCAACUCUUGUUUUAGCCCAAUUCUGCAAUUCCUGCGCUCUCCUUCAUAUGAAUUCAGGUCUUCUUGCUUCCUGCGCAUCUGGCCCCAUGACAGGAGGCUGCCCAACGGAGAGGCCGACAAAAGGCUUACCAACAUGAGAAGACUUGUUGGCCAUCCCAUUGGAUGCACCGAUCACUUUGAUGGAGACUACCUGACAGAGAACCUGACGAAGGCUUAUCAUUGUGCGAACUUUUCGUCAGCCAUUCUAUCGGAAAGGCCGGUCAUCCCGUUGGAAGACAUUGGUCACUCCGUCAACCUCCUGGUGCAAGUCGAUACCCCUCCUUCAGCAAGUGAAGUGGUGCUAGCCCAAGGCAUCAAGGAGGUCCGAGUCAAUCAAGGAGAACUUUGGACAAUGUCUUUCUGCAACCUUUGCUCAUCAACUGGCAUCAAGGUUAUGUCAUGGGACCGGAUGAGCAGGAAGCAGGAAGAACUGCAGUCAUAUGAAGAGGAGUGCAGGAAUUGCAGGAGCAGGCAAAGCGAGGGGUUACAGCAGAGUUCAUUGAGAUCUGUAGUAGAAGGGCUCUACAACAGAUUUCAUCCAAAUCAGUAUGAGCAGGAGCUUACAGCAAAACCCACUGGAAUCUGUGGUAUCAUGAUUGUACAACAGAUCUUGUGGAGAAUGCUGAUUGCACAGAUCUUGCAACAAGACAGAUGUCAAAGGCACUGA